GACCUUGUCUUUUAGUUUUUGCCCAAAUACCUUCCAUUAUUUCAGAUCCUUCUUCUUGGUCUCUCCGUCGUUUCUAAUUUUCUUCCGACUUCGAGUCUUCCGGCUAUCGCUCCACCCUUCUCGCACUUCUGCAGUCUCCAAUGGCUGCCUCUCUCCAUGGAUCCGUUCUCCUUCGGAACACUAACCCUAAUCUCUAUGGCAUCCGAGUCGUUGCCGCCGCCGCCUCGCCUUCUUCCGCGAUAUCCUUUCCUUUGGCUCCCGCCCCUCGCGGGUUGGUUCCGGCCUGCGCCCUGCUGACCAGAAAAGGUCUGGGAUCUCUUCCGGUUCCGGCAAAAUGGAAGCCAAAAGGCUUUGUUGCUUUAGCGACUUCUCAUGAGGAAUCGAGAAAUUCAGAUAUUGAAGUGGAGAAGGAUAAUAAUGAUGCAGAUGUAAACGAUGGAGGAUCAAAAGAAGCAUGGAAGGAGUCACUUGAACGCUUCAAGGUUGAAGCCUUAAAGGUUAAAGCUGUAUCAGAAGAAGCAUAUGAGGUUUACUCAAAGAAAGCUAUAGAAAUGUUGAUGGACACAUCUGAGAAGCUCAAAAUUCAAGCUGAUAAAGCACAAAAAGAUCUAAGUGUAAUAGCUCAAGAAAUCUCGAAUGAAGGACAGGAGUAUCUAUCUGAAGCAGCAAAGAAUUAUCCUGAUUCAGUUAGGGAAAUAUUGGAAGUUUAUGCUUCAGUUGAGGAAUCGAGCAAUAUUUCCUCUGUCAGAGAUUUCUAUCUUGGAAUUCCUUAUGGUUGCUUUCUUGCUGUUGGUGGCUUUCUACAUUUCAUGCUUACUGGAAGCAUUCCUGCCAUCCGAUUUGGCAUCAUUCUUGGCACUGCAAACUUGGCUCUAAGUGUGUCAAGCUUGAGGGCAUGGAAGAAUGGAAAAGAAACCCCCCUUCUUUUGGUUGGGCAAACUGCAAUUUCAGCUAUUAUUUUCUUCAGGCAGUGGUUGUUGUGUUCUCAGAGGGGAUUGUUUCCGAACCUCUUGAUGCUUCUUAUCAGUGGUGCGAUGCUGGGUUUCUAUGUCUAUAGAAUUGCAAUUGACCAUUACAACAAGGGUGGAAAUGUGGAGCAGAGCUCAGAGAAUUAGUGGCAUGGAAGUCUGGAUGCAUUGAAUAAGCUGAGACAAUUCUGAAAGAGCGUAGCUGCUUUAUAAAAGCGUCUGAAAUUUUGCCAAGUUGAAGGAUCUGCUUUAUAAAAUCUUCUGAAAUUUUGCCAAGUUGAAGGAUUUGCUUUGUAAAAGCUUCUGAAAUUUUGGCUUGCAGAUGCUUAUAUUUCCUCUCUCUUUUACCAUGUAAGUUUUAAGCCUGUAACUUUCUCUAAGUACUGUUAAAAAUGUCACAAUUAUCUUAGUUCGGAGCAUUUGUUUCACAAAUACAUAUAAACGUAA